AACAGAAGUGUUUCCAUGGAAGCCAAAUCCUCAAAUCGAAGAUAUGCUACGGUUACCUCAAGUUAGUAGAGAGAAGCGUCUUCAUCAUCAUUCUGGAGAGUGAGUGAAGUGUGAAGAGUCAACAAGGAACAAAUCACACGGAUCCAUAAUGGUUCACGAAAAAGAUUCAUCAUCAUCUUCUUGUUCUUCGAGUUUGUGGCUGUCACCGAACGAAAGCAAACGAUGGGGAGAACACUUCUUUCUCUUGUACACACCGUUCUGGCUCACACUCUGUCUCGGCAUUGUUGUUCCCCUCAAACUCUACGAGAACUUCACAGAGUUGGAGUAUUUGCUUCUUGGAUUGGUCUCAGCUGUUCCUUCAUUCUUGAUACCAAUGCUGCUAGUUGGUAAGGCUGAUAGAAACUUGCAUUGGAAGGAUCGCUAUUGGGUUAAGGCCAGCCUCUGGAUAGUACUCUUCAGUUAUGUUGGGAAUUAUUUCUGGACUCAUUAUUUUUUCACCAUUCUCGGUGCAUCUUAUACUUUCCCAUCAUGGAGAAUGAACGAUGUACCGCAUACAACGUUCUUGCUCACUCAUGUUUGCUUCCUCUUUUACCAUGUUGCAUCAAACAUGACACUACGACGACUGCGACAUUUUACUGCUGAUUUGCCAGAAACGAUUCGAUGGGCUACUGAAGCAGCAUGGAUUCUUGCUCUUUCUUAUUUUAUCGCAUACCUGGAGACACUGGCCAUUUCCAAUUUCCCGUAUUAUUCAUUUGUGGAUCGGGAUUCUAUGUACAAAGUUGGAUCUUUGUUUUAUGCAAUCUACUUUAUCGUAAGCUUUCCAAUGUUUCUAAGGAUUGAUGAGAAACCUGGGGAUAAAUGGGACUUGGCUAGAGUUGCAGUUGAUGCUUUAGGUGCUGCGAUGCUGGUCACGAUAAUACUCGACUUGUGGCGCAUCUUUUUGGGACCUAUUGUUCCCAUCCCAGAUGCCAAACAGUGUCCUCAAUCCGGUUUACCCUGGUUUUCAAGACAUGCCAAUCUAACAUGAGAGUCUACCACGACUGAACUACGAAAUGGAAUGAUUAUAUUUCCGUGACAUAGUAAUGUAAUCCAGACACAGAUUAUGGUCUGCAGAGGAAAUCCUUGUUGUAAUGCUUGCACUGUCCAAUGCUUGAUCUUCCCCAAUGUUUUGUAUUGAUGCAUCAAGUUAACAUGGUUGAACUUGUAGUAUGUGACAAUUGAACUUAAUAUAUCUAGUUCCUGUUUGUUGUUCUUUA